CUCAAAGGGGAGAGAGUAGAGGACCACUUUGCGACCCGCAAGGGUUGUUAUUUUUCCCCAUGCAGUAUUUGUUUGCACUUUGCGCACAAGGACCACUAAAUGACCCAGCGCAGUCCACCAAUGGGCUCUCGGGACUUGUCCGGCUUCGCAUUAUGGAGGAGAUCCGCUAGCAGAGAGGACGCGAGAGGGAAUCGCUGAGCUAGAGGCAGUUUGUUUCAUGAACUCGGAAUCACUGCGAUGGAAUGAGCCGCUGCAGAAACUCAACUGAACUUGCGGAGAACUUUUCUUCUUGCGUCUCUUUUGCGCCUGUGAGUUUCUAUUUUAGUUUCCACCCCAAUCAUGUACGGAUAACGGGAGGUUCGCUCAAGAAUCCGGCUCAAAUGGAUCAGCGCUGACGGGUUUAUGGAGUCGGGAUUACACAGCGCAGUGCCAGCCUGUUGAACGCCCACACACGGGCCUAUCACACACCAUCUGCCACGGAAUAAAAAAGACUCUCCAGUGAAGACACUAUUAGUGGAAGUAGUGUAGAAGUUUUACAUAUGACACUGCUGUGAGUUUUGCGUUUCUUGCAGCCAGAACAAUGGCACGCUCUGGCGCAUUGACACAGAGCGCCUGUAGAUAUGUUUGGCCUCUUGGUUGUGUGCUCUUGUUUUUCGGCUACUUAUCUGUGGCCUCGCCAUCCCAUGGUCGGAGGCUGAUAUGCUGGCAAGCCAUAAUGAACUGCCAAGCAGAGCCCGAGUGCAAUUACGCAUACGAACACUACACGCGCGCGUGUGGCCCCGUGCUGAACGGGGACAGGAAGAAGUGCCCCAGCCACUGCAUCUCCUCGCUCGUUCAGCUCAAUUUGACCAAAAACGGGCCAGCUCUGGAGGACUGCAGCUGCGCCCACGACCCGUUGUGUACGAGCACCAAACGGGCCAUCGAGCCAUGUUUGCCCAGGACUACCAGCACUGGUUGCACGGAAGCUCGGCGACAGUGCGAGAGAGACCAGCAGUGCAGCUCCACCAUGCACGAUUAUCUGAACCACUGCGGGAAACUUUUCAGCGGGGCAAUCUGCACGAAUGCUUGCCGGAAUGUGAUCGCGAAUAUGCGUAAAAUACCCAAGGGUCAGCAGCUGGACACUUGUAUGUGUGACGGGACAGAGAGGGCCAUCUGUGAGUUUGUCAAGAGCAGCAUGAAGGCGCUGUGCUUCGACUCGCCCGUGAGGGAUGAGGGCAGCGGGUCCGACUACGGCCAGGAUCCAGAUUACGACGACGACCCCUCGGAUCAGGACUAUCCAGAGGAGCUGGAAAGCGGAUCCUCUCUCCCGGCGGCUCACUGUGUUUUGACCCUGUUGGCAUCCAUCUUGGCUGUAUUGCCCCUCAUUUAGUCCCCGGGGUCAUAAUCUGCCCCGACUAUUGUCCGGAUAAAAGGAAAUCUAAACCUUUGUCACUUAUUGACCUGCUACUAUUGAAAGCUUAGAGACGCAAUGACUAAAGGAAGGGGUGUGUUGGCGCAUGCCUUGUUUGAAUUGAGUUAUAGACGCUGAAGGAUAUCAAAUCAGGAUAUUUUCUAUGCAAAUGAGACCAGAAAGAUAUUUUGAAACUGCAUGAGCUCAAGGCUGCUCCCUUAUCAAACCACACCACUUCACAGAUGCUUUGCUUAUGUGAUAAGCUAAAUUAGAUUUUCCUCUUUUCUCUCUGUCACAGACUCUGAUAGGAAAGCCAUGAUAGAGACACAGUUGGCUUGUUAACAAUGCAAGGUUUAAUCAGUACAUACUGUGCACUGCCAAUCUCUAUAAAAAACUAUUUUUAUAUGACACUGUUGCCAUUUGGUACCAGGGUAUCUGAUUUACAAGUAUUUAAUGCUGGAAUCUAUGAACUUGUAAAUAGAUGAGGAGUUAAAGUGAAACAGUAAUUUAUUACAUGCCACCUAGUUACAUCCAAAUGUUCAUCAUGUGAAUAAAUGACUGAGAAUUCCAGCUUUAAAGGGAAGUUAUUUGACUUGUAUAUAUGUGUAUAGCUUAUAUAGAUUUUUUUCAGAGAAUCCUCUAUGUUUGAGGCUAUGAGAUGAUUUAUUCACUGUGUAUAGCCUAGAGAGAGAAAUGUCUAAAUCCACUGUAUGAUUGCCUUAAUGAUAUACUUUUAUAGAAGGCAUAAAGGAAACUUGAAGAUA